AUAUGUAUUUCUUUUCUUUUGUUAAUGCUAGUUUUUAGGUUGGACUUUUUUAAACUUUUAAAAAUAAGUUCUGCCUAAAAGCAACACUAAAGGAAUGGAGAAUUUUGGCUCAAUAAAUUGCGUCAAGAUUCACCAGUUAUGCAAUCCUUCACCUCAGUAUGAGACAAUACACACAGACCUAAAACCAUAUAAAAUAACACCAAGACCGGAUCUUUAUAGAAGAUUUAGGGAACAGGGAUACUCUCACUCUCAGAUCAGAAAAGCUCGGAGACGGGCAUAUCAAACUGACCGUAAGGAUUUAUUAUCUCCUAAAAAGGAGGAGAAGGUCAAAUUAAGUGAGCAACCUGUUAGAAUGAUAACUCAAUUUGGAGCCCAAUGGCAAGCUGUAAAACAAAUAUUAGAAAAACAUUGGAAGAUUUUAACUCAAUGUCCCAAAUUGAAUAAAAUUGUAGGUGAGCGCCCCCAAAUGGUAGCAAGAAGAGCACCAAAUCUUGGUGACCUCCUUAUUCAUUCUGACUAUCAACCGUUAAAACAGACAACAUGGUUAAAAUCACGUACUAAAGGGAUGUUUAAAUGUGGAAAAUGCCAAAUCUGUAAAUAUGUGGAUCGUACAGACUCUUUUUUUGACUCAAGGAAUAGCACUCAUUAUAAAAUUCAAAGCCUUAUAAAUUGUUCUACAGUGAGAGUAUUAUACAUUUUGACUUGUCCCUGUAAAAAGAUGUAUAUUGGUAAGACCAAAAGACAACUUAAGGUACGAAUAGGUGAACAUUUCAGAGAUAUUAGAUCUAAUGACCCUGAAAGUAAUCUUGCCCAACACUAUGCUAAAUAUCAUGGAGGUAAAUUGGAUGGUACAAAAGUGAAAGGUUUCUAUGCAUUGCAUUUCCCUCAAAGGAGAGGUGAUUUUGAUAGAGAACUGCUAAAAAAGGAGAAAUAUUGGAUAUAUAAACUUGAUACAUUGUACCCAAAGGGGUUAAAUGUGGAAUGUGAUCUCCAAGUAUUUUUGGAUAAAUAG